CCAGGUGCGGACGCGCGGAGGAGAGACUGGGAGGUGUCCAGGGAGCCCUUGGGGGUCCUGCUCGAACUUCCCGGGCCCGCGAACCCGAGAGGCGCCAUGGGACGGAUCACGGAAGAUCUCAUUAGACGGAAUGCUGAGCACAAUGAGUGUGUCAUUUUUUCGCUGGAGGAACUCUCCUUGCAUCAGCAAGAGAUAGAAAGACUAGAACAUAUUGACAAGUGGUGCCGGGAUUUAAAAAUCCUCUAUCUUCAAAAUAAUCUCAUUGGAAAAAUUGAAAAUGUUAGCAAACUCAAGAAACUUGAAUACUUGAAUUUAGCUUUAAACAAUAUUGAAAAAAUUGAAAAUUUGGAAGGAUGUGAAGGACUGACAAAGCUUGACUUGACGGUAAAUUUCAUUGGAGAGCUGAGCAGCGUUAAAACGCUUCAACACAACAUCCACCUGAAGGAGCUCUUCCUCAUGGGAAAUCCCUGUGCUGACUUUGACGGCUACAGACAGUUCGUGGUGGCAACUCUUCAACAACUAAGGUGGUUGGAUGGUAAAGAAAUUGAGCGUUCAGAAAGGAUUCAGGCAUUACAGGACUUUCUGGUAGUUGAACAACAAGUAAGAGAGCAGGAGAAAGCUUACUGCCUCAGACGAGCCAAGGACAAGGAAGAGGCUCAGAGGAAGCUGCAAGAGGAGGAAAACAAAGGCGAGAAGCAGGGAAGUCUCACAGGCUUUGAUGGACGUUGGUACGCAGACAUCAGUGCUACUCUCCCAUCUUCUGAAGAGAACAAAGACCACAUCCAGGCACCAGAAAUACAAGAAGGGGAAUGUAAGAGAAAGAAAUUAGACAAGAGUGAAGACGACCUGGAAUUCUGGAAUAAGCCCUCUUUGUACACUCCUGAAUCCAGAUUGGAAACUCUGAGACAUGUGGAAAAACAACGGAAAGAACAAGAAAAAUUGAGUGAAAAAAAGAAGAAAGUGAAACCACCCAGGAUGCUGAUCACUGAGGAUGGGAGAGCCCUGAAUGUCAAUGAGCCCAAACUUGACUUCUCUUUGAAAGAUGACGAAAAGCAUAACCGAAUCAUCCUGGACCUGGCCGUGUAUAGGUAUAUGGACACCUCUUUAAUCGAUGUUGAUGUACAGCCAACUUAUGUGCGAGUGAUGGUCAAAGGAAAGCCAUUUCAGCUUGUCCUUCCUGCAGAAGUCAGACCCGAUAGCAGCUCUGCUAAAAGAUCUCAGACGACAGGGCAUCUGGUCGUCUGCAUGCCCAAGGUGGGCGAAGUAAUCACAGGUUGUCAACGAACAUCCAAGCCUGUGCAGAGCACUCUGGACAGCAGCAGAGAGCAGACCAACAAGAGAAGCCAGCAAAUGGAGAGACUAGAAAUAGAUCCCAGCAAGCAUUCAUUCCCUGAUGUGGCUAACAUAGUUCAAGAGAAAAAACACACGCGCAGAACAGUUCGAGCUGAAUCCAAAAUUGUACCAAGCAAGGAAGAUCCAGACUUUGAAGAUAAUCCUGAAGUGCCUCCAUUGAUUUGAAACUUCAGGCUGCACCAACCGUGACCCGCUGCACCAACCGUGACCCGCCAGGCCCAGAUGUGCUCUGUGCAGAGAGUGCAUGUAUGUUAUUUACGGGCUAAACAGUUAUUUUUAACGUUACUACUCUGAUGCUUUAGCUCCUACUUUGUACAUUUAUUCUCAAACCAGUUCAAAAUUAAAAUGUGUA